UGGUCUGUUCUUGCUGCAGUAUGUUGUAAGUUAGUAUUUGAAGGCCAAGAGAGACAAAAUGCUCUCCAGUGCUUUCUCCUGUACAUAAGCAGCAGAUAAAAUCCACUUCCUAUGCUUAUUUACAUUGCCUUGUACUACUACGUAAAACCUUGAAAUGUCAUUUUGUCCUGCUGCGUGAACAAAGAUACACUGAUGUCAUGAUGGGGAAAUGGGAUGCCUCUAACAUAUCUGGUGGCUCUUCAUAGGUCAGUUGUGACGACAACUCACUUCAAUUAGCUAUGGAAAGUUCAGCAUAAAGGCUUAUCUUGCUGGACUUGCAAGGUGGAAAAUGCUCCUGUUGCUGUGCUACCAUGGCAUUAUGGUGCUUUGCCACUAACAUUCUGGCAUUCUAAGGCAUAAUGUUCAAAUGUAGGCAAAAAACAAAGAAAGCGAAUGUCGCCACUUCUGGUUUCUUGACAUAACCCCCAGCUGCCAGCAUAAGGAACAACUGCAACCGACAGAGAUGCAAGCACAUGAAUUGUUUAGACAUCUGCGAAUGCCAGAACUUGAUGAUUUCAGACAGUAUAUACGCACACUUCCAACCAACACUUUGAUGGGGUUUGGUGCAUUUGCAGCUCUUACAACAUACUGGUAUGCAACAAGACCCAAAGCCCUGAAACCACCAUGCGACCUAUCCAUGCAGUCUGUGGAAGUAGAGGGUGGUGAGCAUGCUCGAAGAUCAUGCCUGCUUAAUAGUGAUGAGCUAUUGACAUAUUACUAUGAUGAUGUGAGAACAGCCUAUGAAAUUUUCCAAAGAGGUUUGGCGGUGUCAAAUAAUGGUCCCUGUUUGGGUGUUAGAAAACCAGAUCAGCCAUAUGAAUGGAUCUCUUAUAAAGAGGUCUCAGAGAGAGCAGAGUAUGUGGGUUCAGCACUACUUCACAGAGGCUACAAGCCAGCUCCAGACCAGUACAUAGGAAUCUUUGCACAAAACAGACCAGAGUGGGUUCUUAUUGAACAGGGAUGUUACACCUACUCCAUGGUGGUGGUGCCACUUUAUGAUACGCUGGGAGCUGACGCAAUCAGUUAUAUUGUGAACAAAGCUGAUGUAGGACUGGUUUUCUGUGACAAAUCGGACAAGGCCAAGCUGCUGCUGGAUAAUGUGGAAAGGGGAGAAACUCCAGUCCUCAACACCAUUGUUAUCAUGGAAUCCUUUGAUAGUGAUCUCUUAGAACGUGGGAAGAAGUGUGGGGUUGAAAUUCUCAGCCUGAGAGAAUUGGAGGAGGUGGGGAGAGCUCACAGACACAAACCUGUGCCUCCAAAUCCAGAAGAUCUAGCAGUCAUCUGUUUCACCAGUGGAACUACAGGAAACCCCAAAGGAGCUAUGAUUACUCAUCAAAAUAUAGUGAGCAAUGCUUCAGCUUUUGUGAAAGCUACAGAGAAAGCAAUCAUUCCUGGUACAGAAGAUGUUCUGAUCUCAUUCUUGCCCCUGGCCCAUAUGUUUGAAAGAAUUGUGGAGUGUGUGAUUCUCUGCCAUGGAGCUCGGAUAGGAUUCUUCCAGGGGGACAUCAGACUACUUAUGGAUGACUUAAAAACACUGCAGCCAACUGUAUUUCCUGUAGUACCAAGACUGUUGAACCGGAUGUUUGACAAAAUUUUUGGACAAGCCAAUACUUCACUGAAAAGGUGGAUCCUGGACUUUGCUUCCAAGAGGAAAGAAGCAGAACUUAGAAGUGGCAUAAUUAGAAAGAACAGUCUGUGGGAUAAACUGAUCUUCCACAAAAUACAGGCAAGUCUGGGAGGAAAAGUAAGACUAAUGAUCACUGGAGCAGCUCCUGUGUCUGCAAAUGUACUAACUUUCCUAAGAGCAGCUCUUGGUUGUCAGUUCUAUGAAGGCUAUGGACAAACUGAAUGCACAGCUGGAUGCUCUCUGACAAUACCUGGUGACUGGACAGCUGGUCAUGUUGGCGCGCCAAUGCCUUGCAGUCUCUUAAAACUUGUUGAUGUAGAAGAAAUGAAUUACUUUGCUGUCAAAGGAGAGGGUGAGGUAUGUGUGAAAGGGCCAAAUGUAUUUCAAGGCUACUUGAAGGAUCCAGAAAAAACAGCAGAAGCUCUAGACAAAGAUGGUUGGCUCCACACAGGAGAUAUUGGAAAAUGGCUACCAAAUGGUACUUUAAAGAUCAUUGACCGGAAAAAGCAUAUAUUCAAACUUGCGCAGGGAGAGUACAUAGCACCAGAGAAAAUAGAAAAUGUGUAUAUGAGAAGUGAACCUGUUGCUCAGGUGUUUGUCUAUGGAGAAAGCUUGCAGGCCUUCUUAAUAGCUAUUGUCGUACCAGAUGCAGACACUUUGUCUAGCUGGGCCAAGAAAAAGGGAUUUGAAGGUUCAUAUGAAGAACUAUGCAAAAACAAGGACCUCAAAAAAUAUAUUCUAGAAGAUAUGUUGAAGGUUGGGAAAGAAUCUGGCUUGAAGUCAUUUGAGCAGGUCAAAGGCAUUGCCCUGAGCAUGGAGAUGUUUUCUAUUGAAAAUGGCUUGUUGACACCAACACUGAAGGCAAAGAGACGAGAACUACAAAAAUUCUUCAAGUCCCAGAUAGAUGAACUCUAUACUAAUAUCAGGAUGUAACUGAGGGGAAAAAUGGGUUGAAGAGAAUGGCAAACAUCCAGACUACUGUUGGCCUUCAUAUUUGUAUUGACUACAGCAAACAUAGGGAAGGAAACUGUGCAAUCAUUAACUUGUACAAAAAUGGGUACCUGCCAUAGGAAUAUUGAAGAAAAUGGAACAUUGCCUUACUGUCCAGUUAUGUUGCAGACCAUUUUUAUGGUGACCUACAAUUUCCAAAAUUAGCCUUAAACUGUAAAUGUAACUAUGUGAUCAAGUUAUUUAAACUUCCUCAGCCAAAAAUGUGACCUUUUGUUAACCAUCCCGGGAGUUAACAUGUUGCCAGCAUGUUCCUGUCUGCAGGAUACUCUGCAACUGUCCACUCCAAAGAAUUUAGCAUAUUGGAGAGGUCUCCGUAUUGUAGUGCAGGGGAAAUAGUUAAUCAUCAAAUAAAAAGCUACAGCUGGUAACACUGCUUCUUGCAUUAGCCCUAAAAUCGGGUAAGACAGUGCCCCACUGAAGAGAACUCCCUUCAGCAUGCCCCAUUGAAGAGAACUCAGAAGCUUACUCCUGUGUAAGCUAGAAGUUGAAUACCAAUCAAAGGAAUAUACCCCUGUGCAGGAGGUGAAUGAUGCAAUAUUGUCUCUCUAAAUUAGUCUGUUUAAUUCUUCUGCAUUAGGAAGGUGGAUGCAACUAUUUCAUCAAUGUAGCAAAAACUAUUUAACACAAGCUUCAGACAUAGUUGUGUAAAUGGAUCCAAACUCUGGAACAAGACUGGAUUUUAGAGAAUGAAACCAUUCAAGAGGUUGACUGUGCUAAUUGCCAGGUAAACUUACACCUUGCACUAGCCAUGUGACUCCUGCAAUGGGCCCAUACUGUACUUAAUCUGCUUUGUUUCAUUAACAUGCCAGGUGCUCUAAACACAGAAUAGCUUCUGUCGCUCCCUCAGCUGUCUGAUUUAAUGUAUGAGCAAUUGAGUACCUUGAUUGAAAUGGGUGGGAGCAGAAAG